AUGAUACGAUUUCUCUGUUUCUUUGUGCUGUUUACUGUCGUAUCAGCAGGAGGGAUCCUCAGUACGUUAAUGCAUGGUGAUAUUGAGCAUUUCAAUGGUACCAUUUCUCUGCCGAAUGCCAUCGAAGAAAACGAAGAAUCAUCAUUGCCUGAUUAUUCUCACCAACGUAGUUUUGCCGGUGUUACAAUCAAUACGAAUAUUUUCACUUUGUUUUAUUAUAAGAACAGUCAAAUAUAUGUGUACAACACAUUGGCCAAUGAAAAUAAAUAUCCCAACGAUCCGUCUCGAUGGAUAUUCUACUAUAUUCCAAUAAUGGCUCCAGUUCGAACUUCAUCGGACGCAACCUGGGCAUGGUCAAUAGAAAACGAAGUUCGUGUCAAUCUUAUGUUGGGUGACCGAGAAGUAGAAGAGACGGCACGUGAAGCCAUUGCCAAAAAGUUCGACAUGAAAAUAGCCGAAUAUGCUAAAUAUUGGGAUAUCGCACCGUUGAUGAUAGAAUCUUUGACUGCUUUCGUUGUAAAAGGCAGUAGUUCACCGAUAGCAGGUGUACAACCUUAUCAUGCCGUUCAUCCGAAUUCACUAAAUAUGAUUUUUCGAUUUCCCUGUUCAACAAGUACGAAUGCACGCGAUGUUGCAAGAUUGAUUGCCAAUGGAGAAUAUGAUAUUGAAAUCGCGUUCCAUUUUGAUGGCUUCAAACAAACGUCAACGUCACUGGUAUCAAUCACCGCUGAACAAUUGAAAAGUAUCACCAGUAAGACAACAGCUGAUGGUGGUAAUGCAGAUGCAAAAUAUAUUCAUCGUAGUCAAACUUCCAAGUUUGUUGGAACCUAUAUCACAAACGUGAAAAAGUUGAUAUACUCGGAAAGUUCAAGCGUCGACACACAAUCAUUAUCGAAAGGAUUGGAAGAUCAAUUUAUAUCAUUGUUACAACAAGGAAUGGAAAGUGCGCAACAAAACAUUGUUAAAGCUGGUCAUUUCAACGAAGUAUGGUCAUCAGAAGAUUUACGUCCGGAUCGAAUCACGUCAGAGCUCAGUAAAUUGUUUACGAAGAAUGCUUCAGAUACAGCACAUCAUACAUCAUCUGAUAAAUAUCUAAGUGUCGACAAACAACAUUUAGAAGAACUAAUCGCAAGCAGUUCGAAAGAAGGCGGAGCCGGCGUGUCGUUUCUCGGUAUAUCGCUUGGUGGUAAAGGUGGUUCAUCCUCCUCAUCAAAAAACACAUUUUACGAUAAGUUGUCACAGAUCAAUCAUGACAAAUACUCGCAGGAUGACGUCAUCAAUUUGCUCAGUGAACACCAGGCCGAAUUUGCUUGGGAAGGUGAAAAAUUCGUGCCGAAGUCAUUCCAAGUUUACAAAACGAGCGAUUUGACAGAUAGUUUACAAAUCGCUCUUGUCGCCGAACAAAUCACCAUUGACAAAAAACAAGGUGCUAUCAUACGACAUGUCAGCACAAUGAAUACACCACAGUGGGUAUCAGACGAUAAAGGAGCUCUCAGUCCAUUCUUAGUAGGUGAGGUAAAACUUUAUACUGGUGUUGACACACCAUCGCCAUCUUGGCUCCGAUGUGACGGCUCUGCUGUUUCCCGUAUCCAGUAUAAGCGUCUUUUUGCAGUAAUAGGUGAACGGUAUGGUCCGGGUGAUGGUGGUGAGACGUUUAAUUUGCCGGAUUUUCGUGGACGAAUUCCUGUCGGCGUUGAUUCUAACCGAACGCACAUAGAGUUAGCAAAUGAAAUAGGAAUAUCCGGUGGUAACACAACUUAUCAGCUUACACCCUCUCACAUACCAGCGCACACUCACGACCAGGGAUCGUUGUAUGUAACAAAAAAUGGUACUCAUAGCCAUGAUAUAACGGAUCCCGGACACAAUCAUGGUGGAAGAACAGGAUCCUCAAAAAUGACUAAUGGUGGUUGGGGUUUGACUCCAAAGGGUUAUGGUAGUGAUCAAGGAAAUCAUGAUCACACAAUCAACACAGAUUAUACAAGAAUUACAAUAUUAUCUGCAGAUGACCAUUCACAUGAAAUUUACGGUGAAACGGGAUCAUUCGGCAAUGCUGAACCAUUCACCGUCAUGCCACCAUAUCAAACAAUUAAUUACAUUAUUUACGCUAACUAA